CAUGUGUCUUAAGGGUCAGUCAUUGCCUAUCCCCACGAGUGGGAAAGUCUUGUCAGAGGAAGUGCUAAUCAGGUACUUAAGCAAUGGCCUAAUGAUCAUCUUGGCCAAUCAAGUCCUGCAGUAGUGAUGUGCCACCCACCUGAAGCUACUGGCCAAUCAGAAGUCAGCAACCACUGUGAGGCGCAGCACUAUGUCAAGGCUAAGGCUGUUGGCUACAUGGCAAUGCAGAAGACUGAGACCAACAGGAGGUUUCCAAAUUGACUGAAACAAAUCACAGCCAUGAAUGUAUGGAGCUUUCUCAACUGUAUUCUACUUAUGUUACUGAAGUGCACUAUUUUGACAAGUGCGGAACGAUCUGUAGAACUGAAAAAUGCCCAUCUACUAACUUCAAAGGAUUACGCUCAUAUCAUCAAUAUGAAACAAGAAGUUGGUUUUCCAAAUGAUUGUUAUGAAAUUUUUCAGCAGUCAGAAGGUAAGGCUAAAGAUGGCCUUUAUAUCAUUCAACUAAUGAAGGAACUUCUAGUUGUGUAUUGUGACAUGCACAGUGCAGAAGGUGGCUGGACAGUGGUCCAGCACAUCACUGCCAAUACUUCCUUGGAUUUUGACAGAACAUGGCAAGACUACAAGCAAGGAUUUGGGUUGGUUAAUGGCGAUCAUUGGCUGGGUAAUGAAUUCAUGCACAGACUUACUAGCAAGCCAAGAGCAUACAAAUUGGGAAUAAAGCUAAUUGGCAUGAAUGGCGAAAUGAAAUGGGGAGAAUAUGACCCAUUCCUCAUUGAACGUGAAGAAGCCAAGUACAAAAUUAGGCUUGGUCUUUAUCAAGGAACAGCAGCUGAUGCUUUGACACAAGAUACAGAAGCGUAUAUCCAUGAUAACCAAAAAUUCACCACAAAAGAUAGUGACAAUGACAACUACUUUCAGAACUGUGCUAAACUAGAGCUCAAUGGAAUUUCAGGUGGAGGAUGGUGGUACAAUGCCUGUGCUGGAGCCAACCUGAACAGAAGAAAUAUUCUAUACUGGCAGAAUGAUUGCAAUAAAGAAAAUCUGUGCAAGUAUGCAUGGAUGAUGGUAAAACCUAAUAACAAGCAAGGUAAAUGUAGCGAUAGCUCACAUGAUGAACUAUAAUUUUGGCGUAUUAAGCAAAACUGCAAAUCAAGCCAAAUUAUACUUUAAAUUGUCAUAUUUUCCUUAAAUAAAUGUUGUAUUUAAGUACCAUUUGCUGCAAGAGUGCUAACAAAUACAUACCCAGUGCAAUUUGAACAGAUAAUUUAUUUAUUACACCUCUUGGUACUGCAUGUAUAAACUAAUUUUUAUGGAAAAAAUGAUAAAUCCUAUUCAAGACAUGAUUCAGAUUAAGUGGAUCAGCGGGUCUGAACAUGGGUUGCUUCAUUUUUGGGAGUAUGAUUCAAAUUCAGCUCAGGUGAAGGGACAGAUUUCUCUGUUAGAUGCCUGUAAAGAGCCGAACCUAAAUUACAUUUGCAAUGUUGCUGAGAAAGGCCAUCUGGUUGUCUAAUAUUCAAAGCUAAAAUAGCAAGAGGAGUGAGUUCAGGUUGAUUUUGGGGUUAGAGCAUAUUGUUGAGCAGAGUGAACUUUAUCUCCAGGUUAACAGAGCAUGUGUGAUGUUGAUGCUGGUUGGAAAAGGGAAUAUGAAUACUUCUUAACAAGUACAAACUUCACCAGCACAAGAAAAUAAAUAAAUUGCAGAAUCAAAUGAAAAUUCUGACUGUGAAAUCCAGUGUUCAUGACCGAUAUAGAAAAAUAAAACAAGCUGAAGUAACCAAACCAGAGCUUUUUCAAAAUGCAAUUCAAGCUCUCCACAAUCUUUGCUCUAUAUUCAGAACUGGAUUCUCCUCAGUUGUACAACCUGUAUCUCAUAGUUUAAUUAACACUUUUGAAGGGCAAGCAUUUUUUUUUUAAUUGGUGAAGAGUUAAAUUCAAAUUAAAAUUCUAUUUGUUUAAGUUUGUUUAAGAAUAAUUGUGGCUGUAUUAAAUUUAUACUUCUUGUGUUGACUUUGUUUCGGCUUCUAAAUCUUCCCUGAAAUGGUAAUACUAUUAAUAUCACUAUCCUGUACUGAAUCAAUAUCCAUCAAUAAAAUCUCUGA